AUGAACUUCGACUUCACAUCCGCCCUGUAUGCCUACCCCGAGCUGGACAGGUCGCAAUUCAUACCCUACCUCCUUCACAACAACUCUACAAGCAAUUUUUGCCGCGAGACGACGGAAAAUGUUACCAACAGCGAUAGGGCGGAUAUCUCCAUCUAUCUAUCUAUCUAUCCAAGUCUGUUCGUAUCUAUCUAUCUAUCUAUCCCAGUCUGUUCGUAUCUAUCUAUCUAUCUAUCUAUCUAUCUAUCUAUCUAUCUACUCUCCUCAUUUGCUGAUAUUGAACUCACGCUACUUGUGGAGGCUGAAAUUUUCUGGUAUGGUCGCCUUGCUCGGGGUGAAACGAUUAAAAUCAUUUAUCUAUCUAUCUAUCUAUCUAUCUAUCUAUCUAUCUAUCUAUCUAUCUAUCUAUCUAAAUAUAAUCCUAUCCAUCUAAAUCAUUUUAAUUCUAUCUAUCGAUCUGAAUCUUUUUUAUUCAAUCUAUCUAUCUAUCUAAUUUUUUUUAAUUCUAUCUAUUCUUUUAAAUUCUAUCUAUCUAUCUAUCUAUCUAUCUAUCUAUCUAUCUAUCUAUCUAUCUAUCUAUCUAUCCUUUUUCCUUUGCAGCGGCCGAGGAGAACCAAAGAAACUAUGACAAAUUCGUCACGUCGGAAAGGUACGGUAGCCAUUUUGUUUUUCAAAUUGUUUAUAUCUAUUUUGUUUUAUGUAACAAUCUAUCUAUCUAUCUAUCUAUCUAUCUAUCUAUCUAUUAUAGUUAACAAUCUAUCUAUCUAUCUAUCUAUCUAUUUUCGUCACGUCAGAAAGGUACGGCGGCCAUUUAUUUUUCAAAUUGUUUAUAUCUAUUUUGUUCUGAGUAUCUAUCUAUCUAUCUAUCUAUCUAUCUAUCUAUCUAUCUAUUGUCAUAAUUAA